UUUUUCUCUCAUACGUUAUUUAUACAUACACUAUUAAUACUAGAACGGACAAUUACAAUUAAGAAAUUCGAAAUUGUCAUUUAAAUUUACAUUCAUUUUUUUCCAUUUUCUUAGUACAAUUCCUAUACGUUUGCAAACGUUCCUUACAGCUGAUCCAAGUUGUAGAGCUAUAGGUAGUUCCCGGCUGUCAGUCUGCGAUAUAUAGCGAAAUCUAUAUACAGUUAUAUACCAAGUGGGGUUCGAUGCGUAUACUAUACGAAUACGCAUAUAUUCGAGACGAUUGUAAGGUUAGGUUUGACUUGGAAAAAACAACGCGCACGUGUUCUGUGUGUGUGUGUAUAAUGUAGAUAUCUGUACAUUUUGAUAAAUUUACUGGAAAAAUACUGUUAUAAAAAUAUAAGUAGUCUUAUACUGGGAAAGACAGCUAAUAAAUUACACUUGUAAAUAAUGGCUACUUCCAAGACUGGCAGCUCCAAAAAGGAGGAUUUGACCAAUGGUUCAAGCACAUUUAUACACCCAAAGAGUAGAAAAUGCAUAGCUUUAGUGAAAAAGAUGAAAAAGGAUUCAAAAAAGGAGCAAGCGAAACGAGACACCAAAUUAAAGCAAUCGUUAUUGGCGGAAAAAUUAUUGUGGUUUCAAAAACACAUGGAUCCAAAUAUCUGCCCGUAUACAGUUGAAUUAACUGGUGAAUUAAUUGACAAUUAUAUUGCACGAAAUGACGAAGAGUUGGAGCAAAUAAAAUUGAAGCGUUCUAUUGGACAGAACAGAAACCGUCAACACAGUGGUAGAGAAGAUGCAAUUCGCAUCACAAAAGAACGUGAAAUUAAUGAUUAUCAGAGUUGUGGAAUGGAAAUUCCAAAUAUUUUAAAUACCGCCGAGUGCAAUCUGCUAAAGAAGUGGAAGGGGGAAUUGAAAUUAUUACCCAAUUUCAAACUCUGCAAAUUUAGAAAAGCACAAGUUGAUGCAGUAUUAAAAAAGAAAGAAAAACAAAUGCACAAAGACAAUGCAGAAACAGAGAGCGUGAACAAUCAGACAAAUGAUGUUCCCGUUGAUGUCAAUAAAGAAAACGCAGACAGUAUGGAUGUUGAAUAAAUCUUAUAUUUUAUAAAAAAAA